AUGGCGCGUAAGAAGUCUGACCAGAAUGGCGCACUCGCCCAGCCCGGCGCGAACGGCAGCCUCGCAAAUGGCAGUACCAAGCCGAGCGCGACGCCUGCGACAGCCCAGAAGCAAGCCGGCGUAACCGAGCUGGUCAUCUGCGUCGCCGGCAUAUACGCCUCAUUUCUGUCAUGGGCCCUCCUCCAGGAGCGCAUCACGACGACGCGCUACGGUCCCCCGGCCGCGCCCGAAACCUUUACCUACUCGAUCUUCCUGAACACGGUGCAGUCAGCCUUCGCGGCGCUGACGGGCUACGCAUACCUGAUCUCGUCCAAGCCCAAGGGUGGCCCCGUGCCGCCCAUCUUCCCGUCGCAGCGCAUCUUCUUCCCGCUGGCGCUGGUGGCCGUGACGUCGUCGCUGGCGUCGCCGUUCGGCUAUGCCAGCCUCAAGUACAUCGACUACGUGACGUUCAUCCUGGCCAAGAGCUGCAAGCUGCUGCCGGUCAUGUUCCUGCACCUGACCGUCUUCCGCAAGCGCUACCCGCUGUACAAGUACGCCGUCGUGGCGCUGGUGACGAUGGGCGUCGCCGUCUUCACGCUGCACCACCCGUCGACGGCGAAAAAGGCGGGCAAGCACAACAGCGCCAACGCCGUGGGUAACAACACGACGUGGGGCCUGCUGCUGCUCGGCAUCAACUUGCUCUUCGACGGCCUCACCAACUCGACCCAGGACCACAUCUUCACGGCCUUCAGGCCCUUCUCCGGCCCGCAGAUGAUGUGCGCGCAGAACAUCAUGUCGACCGUCCUCACGUCGGCGUACCUGCUGCUCUCGCCGUACAUCGCCCAGACGCCCGUCGGCGCCUUCGUCGGCAUGUCGGCGCAGGACGGCGGCGAGCUGCAGGAGGCGCUGAGCUUCGUCACGCGCUAUCCGCAGGUCGGCUGGGACGUGCUGUCGUUUGCGGCGUGCGGCGCCGUCGGGCAGGUGUUUAUUUUCUAUACCCUGUCGCACUUUUCGUCUCUCUUGCUGGUCACCGUCACCGUCACGCGUAAGAUGCUGACGAUGGUGCUGUCGGUCGUCUGGUUCGGCCACAGCAUUCAGGGCAUGCAGUGGCUGGGCGUCGGGCUGGUCUUUGGCGGCAUCGGCGCCGAGGCCGCCAUCAACAGGCGCGAGAAGAAGCAGAAGGAGAAGGCCAAGUUGGAAGCUGCUGCUGCGGCAAAGGAGGGCAAGAAGGAGUUGUAG